AUGGAGCUGGGAGCCAAGGACGGCUGCAAAGAAGAGCAGGCAGAAGGUCGCAUCUCAACUGCGGGCGCCCACGUCCGCGCAAGCUCCCCCCCGCCCAGCCUCCCAGGGCGCGACGCCCUGGUCCCCAGCGAGACCUGGGAAGAGAUCGGAGUCCGCAAGGCGCGCGCCCUGUGUUCCCCACUCCACCCUCCCGAGUCCCCCGCCUCCUCCGUGGCCGCCGCGUCGUCGUCGGGAGGGCCCGGGCCUGCGGGACCAGCGGGUGCCGAGGCCGCUAAGCAAUGCAGUCCCUGCUCGGCGGCAGCACAAAGCUCGUCGGGGCCCGCGGCUCUGCCCUACGGCUACUUCGGCAGCGGCUACUACCCGUGCGCCCGCAUGGGCCCGCACCCCAACGCCAUCAAAUCGUGCGCGCAGCCCGCCUCGGCCGCCGCCGCCUUCGCCGACAAAUAUAUGGACACCGCGGGCCCGGCGGCCGAGGAGUUCAGCUCCCGCGCCAAGGAGUUUGCCUUCUACCACCAGGGCUACGCAGCCGGGCCUUAUCACCACCACCAGCCGGUUCCCAGCUACCUGGAUAUGCCGGUGGUCCCGGGGCUCGGGGGCCCUGGCGAGUCGCGCCACGAGCCCCUGGGGCUUCCCAUGGAAAGCUACCAGCCCUGGGCGCUGCCCAACGGCUGGAACGGCCAAAUGUACUGCCCCAAAGAACAGACGCAGCCUCCCCACCUCUGGAAGUCCACUCUACCCGACGUUGCCUCCCAUCCUUCAGAUGCCAGCUCCUACAGGAGGGGGAGGAAGAAGCGGGUGCCUUACACUAAGGUGCAGUUGAAAGAACUCGAACGGGAAUACGCUACCAACAAAUUCAUUACCAAGGACAAACGGAGGAGGAUAUCGGCCACAACGAACCUCUCUGAGAGGCAGGUCACAAUCUGGUUCCAGAACAGGAGGGUCAAAGAGAAAAAAGUCAUCAAUAAGCUGAAGACCACCAGUUAACGGAUUAAAACUGGAGCCGAGGGCAGCUUGAAGAAACGCCUAAGGACUACUCACUUCUUUGCCCAGAUAAUAAUAAGGCUUAAUAAUAACAGAAGAAUUGGAAAGAGAGACACUGACGUUUUGCUCUCCUAAGGGGAAUCUCUUUCUUGCCAAUGGAAUCUACAGUUUGAAAAACAAAAACAAAAAAACCUUGAGAAAUGGUAGAGACUGCCAGUUCAACCCCUGCAGGCUCUAGAGUCAACUCCUCAGCCCCUAAAACACACAAUUUCAGAUAAAUUACGAAUUUACUCAAAUCUUGUAAGUAUUUAUGUGACCAUUAUAUUUUAGGAUACUGUGUUAGGUGGCAAUAAUCUGAAAACUGGUUACAGAAACAAAAGUCUGUUUCAACAUCCGCUUGUCCAGCAUCAUCCCCCUUGCGUGUUAAGUUCCUGCUCAGGUAAAACCUUACUGAAAUUCCUACCCAAAUACGUUCCAAAAGAAAUGUCUCAUGGAUAGGCUUAGAGGGGAAAGAACUGAAAUGUUGAUCUUGAACUAUUGCUUAAAAGGGAGAAAGGAGAGAGAAUGCUCAUCCAAGGAUUGAUUGUCUUGGUAGUAAAUGCGGCCAGCUAAACCCUUGAGGCUGCAAGGGAACUCUGGGUGGGUGACGAACUUCUGGAAAUACUUUUCAAUUACUUACAGCAAGCAUGUUGGUGCCAUUUGGACUAACCCAGUGUCAGAGAUCUUCCCAUAGGAUCUGUUGUAAUUUUUAAAAUGUUUAGAACCCACCAGAUAAUUCGAAAGAUUCACUUUACGCCCCAUCUCCCGGAAGGUCCCAUCCUAAUACGGAUUUCUCCUGAAAUAUAUUCUCUCUUUUUUUUUUUUAACUUAUUUAAAUUUGCAAUUUUCAAUACUUGUAAGACAUUUUGCUAGAGACAUCAUUUUUCUUUUUUUAACUUUGAAAAAAAAGAAAGCUCACAUUGGAA